AUGGAGGAUUCUAAGGUUGCUACCAUCAGUGAUGCUGGACCCGUGGAGGAGACCAAUUCUCCCAGACUUCCAGACCGAUACGCCGAUGAAAGCUACAAGCUGUUCAGCAGGGUACAGGUGGACGACCCAACGCCAGAAGAGGCUCGGAUUAUUCGCAACAAAUGUCUGUGGAGGAUCCUCCCCUUUCUAUGCAUAGGGUAUCAUUUGAUGUACGUCGACAAGCAAACGCUUGGAAGUUCUGCCAUCCUGGGCAUCUUAAAGGAUGCACAUCUCAGUUCUAACCAGUACAACUGGCUUUCUUCGAUAUUUUACUUUGGGUACCUGCUGGCAGAAUGGCCGCAAAACCGCGCGCUACAGUAUUUCCCCGUGGGCAAGUGGCUUGCCUUCAUGCUCAUAGUGUGGGGUGGCGUCACGUUGCUGCAUAUCCCCUGCAACAACUUUGCAUCGCUCUUCGUGGUCCGAUUUUUCCUCGGCACUUGCGAGGCGUGCAUAGUUCCUGCGUUUCUACUCACUAUGUCCAUGUUCUUCACCUACAGAGAGCAGUCCAUCUUGAUGCCAAUUAUGUGGGCUGCAGGCAACUCUAGUCCGAUAACUUCAGGCCUUCUCUCAUACGGUGUCCUUUGGAUAGAGACCGGAAGCUUCGCACCAUGGAAGUGGUUCAUGGUCAUGACUGGGGGAAUCACUAUCGUUUUUAGUGUGGUCGUGUGGUUCCGAUUUCCGGACAACCCGUUGCAAGCAAAGUUUCUCACACUCGAAGAACGUGCGCAAGCCGUACUUCGAAUCAAGGAAAACCACUCGGGGAUUGAGCAGAAGUAUUUCAAACGCUACCAAUUUAUCGAAGCCCUCAGAGACCCAAAGACUUGGCUUUUCUUUCUUCAUGCCUGGUCACAAGAGAUGGCAAACGGUAUUACAAAUCAGUACUCGCUCAUCAUCAAAUCCUUUGGCUUUACAGUUCUUCAGACUACCCUUCUAGGCUGUGUUACUGGCCUGACCGCCCUGAUCUCGCUGUUGGCCGCAGCAGUGAUUUUAUGGAAGGCGCACAACUGCCGUGCCUGGGUGUCUGUGGUUGCAUAUAUUCCCGGUGUCAUUGCCAGUGCACUAUUAAUUGGCUUGCCGUGGUCGGACCGCUGGGGCCUCAUCUGGGGCAUUUGGAUUCGUUCAACUACAGGAAUCCCCUACGCCGUUGUUAUGGUCUGGGCUGCGAAUGUCUCCGCCGGACACACGAAGAAAACUACGGUGAUUGCUCUCUAUCAUAUUGGGUACGGGCUGGGAAACAUACUCUCACCGCAGCUGUUCCAACCAAGAUGGAAGCCACGAUAUAUUCCAACAUGGACCAUCAUUCUUAUUGUCGCCGUCAUCCUUCCGUCCUGCAUUAUUUUAUAUCUUCGCUACUAUCUGAUCAGCGAGAACAAACGCCGAGAUGUUCUAGCAGCAAUGGAAAGAGUCUCAAAGACUGGGGUCAUUGAGUCAGUCACAGAGGAAGGUGUUACCGUUGCCCGCUUAGUGGAUAACAAUCAGCUUGACCUGACAGACCGCGAAAACCUUACCUUCCGUUAUGUUGUUUAA